UUAUAAUUCAUAAUUUUAUUAUUUUUAAUCUUUCUAAUUUUUAAUCUUUCUAAUUUUUAAUAUUUAAUGUAUUUUUAAUAUUUAAAUCAACUUAAUAUAAUAUUAUAAUAUAAUAUUAUAACUGGAUAUUAUAAUUUGAAAUUUCGAUUUUAUCGUAGAGUAAAAUGGAUAACCGUAAGUUAACGAUUUUGUCUGGAGUUUUAAUAGCAAUGGUGGCAUCGGUGCUGUUUGUAUUAAAGUUCACGUACAUUAGACGAAGAUACAGGCCCUUUGAUGAUAGAAUUGUAAUUCCUGAGCGAGAGUAUCCGACGUUCAUUGAUAUAAUCACCAGGGACGGUUCAGGCCUUAAGGUAAAUGACACAAGUAAAUACAAAGUAAAGAAAUACCAUUCUAACAAAAUUCUAAUGUAUGAAUAUGUGUUUGAAGAUGCUAAAUGUGUUGCAUUUAACUAUAAAAAUGAGAGUGUAUGGAAGCUAAAGGAGGGUAGAGAGGGUCCGUACCCCAAGACAAUAAUGUUCUACACCCUGGAUAAUACUAUAAUCGUCGGCUUUGGCAAGAGUAAUAUGUUAAUUUACAAGUAUAAAAAUAAUCAAUGGACUUCCGACACCACUGGGGAAAUCCUCCUAGAUCUUGAUAUUGACAUUAAAGAUAAUAACAGCAACAUUGAAUAUACUGUACUCAGUAACCAGGAGGAAUAUACGCCUAAACCUGGGAAGUAUUUUGAAUCGGUCAGUCAUCAUGGGAAGGAAUUAUAUAAAGGAAAUAAGUUCCCAGAUCUCCUAAAUAAAGUUAUUGUACCAAUCGCAAACGGUGAAUCCAGGGUAAUAACACUCAUGACUUUAGACGGCCGAGAUAUCAAAAUAACAUUAAAUUAACUCAAUUUAUUGCUCAAUGAGUUGUAAAGGGUUAAGAUUUUUUAUAAUUGGAUUUUUUAAAUCUAAUACCCUCGUAAAUUUAAUUUAAAUUUCC